GCCAUGUUCCCGCGCCCAAAAAGGUCCGUUCGAAUCAGGCAAAGAAAAAGAAGACUCAAAUUGGAUGCUACUUCCGUUGAGUAUUUCUUUCAUCUUUCCCGAUAUCCUCUUGCAACAUGAUCGUUGAAAAAGAUGUCUUCGAAAAAUUGGCAAUUCGUCUCUACUAAUGGAGGCGGGAAAGCCGAUGAUGAACAAUCCCGGAGAAUUAUACGAGAGAAUGCUAUGCGGGACUUUCGGCGAAGCGAACGAUUGGCUAGGAUGAAGGAGUUUGAGAAACAGAAACAAGCACAAAGCGGAACCGAGCAUGCAAGCACGCACCGGGAUGCAGAUGCUAUGGCAAACAGGAACCGGGAGCAACAGGCACACCAUGACCAAGAGGUCGUGCUACGGGGGUGUUUUGACAGGUCUUGGGAGAUCAUGUCGUUGAAGGGGCCAGGACUCGGAUUCGAUCCUUUUACUUCGACGGUGCUGCCAGACCACCAUGACUCUCAGCAACUGUUUCACCAUUUCGUCCAUAGGAUUGCCCCGAAACUCCAACCCGUUGGAAGCAAUCUUAGCAGAAUCUCCAUCAACUAUUUCCUUGCUCGACAAAUAUUAGAGGAUUCAGGCCUGCUCUCCACGGUCUUGUUCCAUGCCGGACUUCAUACAGAUGCGCUAAGCGGUAAGCUCUGGAGCGCACCAACUCUUUAUCAUCACGGAGAGACGGUUCGUAUUUUGAACGAACGUCUCAGGUCUCCGCAGAAUGCAAUCAGUGAUUCGUCAGUUGCUAUGGUUGGAUUUUUGGCGGCUUCUGGGAACAUUACCGGUGACACUCAGUCUGACAUGGCACAUACCCAAGCGCUUCAGGAUAUGAUAAGAAUGAGAGGUGGAUUGAGUAACCUCGGAUGGCAAGGCGUGCUAGCGAUGCUUCUACUAGUUGGAGAUUCAAUAAGAGCUACAAUAUCAGACUCGCGACCCAACCUGAGUGCCCCUGAUAUCCGCUCUAAUAGGCUUGUUGCUGAAUUGCCUCCAAGUAUCUUACAACCUGCGCCUCCCACUAUCGACACCGCGUCCCUCGGCCGCGAAAUAAGGACAAUGAUGGGAAUAAUCACUCCACUAGCAUCUACCCAGCUCAGACUCCUUAAGGAUCCUUCGACCACAAUAUCCUCCGUAUUAUCUCUAACAGACUUAAUUGUAGCCGUAGAACACCGCCUCUUUAACAUCAAAGUUCCAUCUCCAUUCCCGCCUGAGCCCCAGGCCCUCUUAUACGAUUCAGCCCGCCUAGCCCUCACCAUCUGUAUGUCCUGCAAUUUCCGCGACUUUCGGCCUCUAUCUGCGACCCUCAUGGGUCUGCAAAAACGGCUUAUGCCGAUUCUCAAAUCUCUAGAGUCUCUCUAUGGCGAUAUGACCGAUACUCAUCAGCGGAGAAUGCUUCUUUGGAUCUUGUGGGUUGGUGGAAUAGCUUCGGUUAACCAGGAAUGGUACGCAAAGAGGAUAUCGGUGUUGAUGCUUGAGUUGGGAUUGGCGGAGGUUGAAGAGCUGAGGAAUUGUUUUCGGGAGUUCGUUUGGAGUCCGAGGAUGGACGAUCAGUUUUCCUACAGUCUUUGGGAGCUCGUUCAAUCUAAGAUGACUCUUUCAAAGAUUGAUUGA